CACACACACACACACACACACACACACACAUGCUCUCUCUCUCUCUCUCUCACUCACUCACACACACACACACUUUCACCAGCACUGGAACUUUGAGCCCCAGGUGGACGGGUAAAGCCUUGAAGCAGAGAGUGACACAACGUUCGAAAGGAAAAACAGGAGGUUGAAAGAGAAGAGGAAAGAAAAAGAGAAAGCUGCGUGUGUGUUUUUGCGUUUUGAGUGUGUUGAAGAGCGUUAGGAUGGUGCUGCAAUCCGGUUCCAGCAGGGGAGCCUUGUUUAAGUUCGUGACCCCAGCGUGACCUCCGCACAUGGAGAUGGGCGAGACUGGUAAGAUGGCGAAGCCAUGCAUGGGCCUGGUGCUGGUUGAGUUCGGGUACGAGUACAAGAACCAAGAUGGCUGCAUGGUCUCCAUCAAACCCAAUGAGCGGUACAUGCUCCUGGCCAAGACCAACGAUCACUGGUGGCAUGUACGCAAAGACGAGUGCACCAAACCUUUCUACAUCCCCGCCAAAUACGUGAAGGAGCUACCGUCCACUUUGCCUUCACCCCUCGACUUUGUCGAGACCCCUGCACCCAAGCCGACGCCUCCCACUGUUUCUGAUCUCUCAGAGAAGACCAAGUCCAAUGAGGUAACCAUCAGGACACACUCUCCCAGGAACCACCGCAAGACAGACAACCGCAUGUCCACGUUCGGCGUCCCACUGGACAUCCACGAGCCUCCGUCGUACAUGUACGGGGCAGUGGAUCCUAUCAUUUCCCUACACCCAGUCUCAACAUCGGAACCAGUGAAGAACAAAAGAUUCAGUCUGUCUGCAAACUUGUUAUUGGGCUCCCUCGAGUCCCACCAGAAGCCUCGUUCACCGAACGUGAACCCUGUGGACCUGCUGCUACGCCAGGCCAAGCCAGUGGAGCCACCGGUACUCAAGAACCUGAUUGACACCAGGCCUCAGGGACUGCCGCUGAAGCCUGAGCCACUCAUCGAGCCGGAGGAGGAGUCCAGUCCGGCCCAGACCCCGUCAUCAGACUCCGAGAACAUUUAUGAAACCAUAUUGGAUUUGAACCUGGAUCAUCUGCUGAAGACAGAACCUGCUGCUCUGCAUGAUCCUGCUCAGAGUCCACCCUCAUCUGCACUGCAGGGCAAGCCGGAGCGUGAGAACCCUACUAUGGCGGUGUACGCUAACGUCACUGAGCUGAAGAAGAUGGUGUCUCGCAUACCUCCAGCGUCCACGUCCACCUGCUCUUCUCCAGGCCUCCCUCUCAGCCCGGCUCCAGACUCACCUGAAUGGGAGGGCAGACCUGAGCAGGACAAUGGCAAAAUGUUCUACCCUGCCCUGCAGCCUCAGAGCCCCACUCUGCUCUUCCCUGCUGUGGUUGCUCCGUCCGUGCCUGCUCCGUCCUCACUGCCUCCAGCUCUCUUGCCAGGAUCAGAUUGGGAACAGCUCCUAGACGAGGUCACAGGGAGACACUACUAUUACAGCGCCUCACUGAAUCAGACGACCUGGGACCCUCCAGAGCCACUCAGCCCUCAGCAGGAGGGACCGCCUCCUCUACCUGAGGAGGAUUACCCCACAAAUGCGUUUGAGGUCAGAGACACAGCCAAACUGCCCGUCCACCCUCAGGUCAUUCUGGACCCCGGGAGCCCAGUCCCACCCACAUCCCAACAGAGGCUCCAGUCAAAGGCAGAGAAAGGCAACCUGCAUUAUUACGCAAAGGACAUCUCUCCGGGGAAUCCUCAGGAGGUGCCAGUGUUAGGGAAUGGUAUGGAGCAGGAUGGACAUAAGAACUUGAGACCCAUCCCACAGGAGGACAUGAAGUUUUUCCCGUCUCACCGCAGGAUUGCGUCUGAUCACAGCACCGAUUCAUGGAGCACAGUGAAUUCAGCAGACAUGCAUCAGGAGGACGGCACGGGGCUGAGGAGGAAUCUGUCCAGCACAGACGCCCACCUUCACCAUCCUCACCACCCUCAUCAUCCUCAGCAUCCUCACCACCAUGCUUUGCUGCUGGAGAAGGCAGGCAUUCUCAACAAGACCAAAAUAGCAGAUAACGGCAAGAAGCUGAGGAAGAACUGGGCUCAGUCAUGGACUGUACUUCAUGGAGGAAUUCUCACCUUCUACAAAGAUCCCAAAUCCACUCCGGGUGGGAAUGUGACAAAGACUAAUCAGAUCAUCCCAGAGUUCACCGUGGAGCUGAAAGGAGCUUCAGUCGGCUGGGCGUUGAAGGAAAAGUCCAGCAAGAAGAACGUCCUGGAGCUAAAGACUCGGCAUGGGUCAGAGUAUCUGAUACAAUACGACACAGACAGCAUCAUCCAUGACUGGCAUAAGAUCAUCCAGGACACUAUUAAACACCUGGAUCAUGAACAUUACUCAGAGGAAGAGGAUGAUGAGGUCAUGGAGAAAUCAACGCAGCCUGUAGAGAGAGACAGGAAGAACACCACAUCGAGGCCGAACUCCUCCAGCGGUGCAGAUGCUGAGCAGAGCCGUGUUCGCACCAAACUACGCAAGUUCCUCCAGAGGAGACCAACACUGCAGUCGGUCAAGGAGAAAGGCUACAUCAAAGACAACGUGUUUGGCUGCCACCUGGACACCUUGUGUCACCGGGAGAACACCACUGUCCCCAGAUUCGUGGAGAAAUGUAUAAAGUCUGUGGAGAGGAGAGGAUUAACCAUCGACGGGAUCUACAGAGUGAGCGGGAACCUGGCGGUUAUCCAGAAGCUCCGGCACAAAGCUGAUCAUGAGGAGGAUCUGGAUCUGGAAGAUGGUCAGUGGGAGGAGAUUCACGUCAUCACUGGAGCGCUGAAGCUCUUCUUCAGGGAGCUUCCUGAGCCACUGUUCCCUUACAGCUUCUUCGAAAAGUUCAUCGCUGCCAUCCAAAUCAGUGAUGUGAGUCAGAGAGUGUCGUAUAUGCGAGAUUUGGUGCGAGCUUUGCCUUUACCCAACCACAACACCAUGGAAGUGCUGUUCAGACACCUGCGCAGGGUGAUCGAUCACUCCGACUCCAACCGCAUGUCCUUCCAGAGCAUGGCCAUAGUCUUCGGUCCUACUCUGCUCCGGCCCGAGGAAGAAUCCGGAAACAUGGCAGUCCACAUGGUCUUCCAGAACCAGAUCGUAGAGCUCAUCCUCAGCAAGUUCAACGACAUUUUCUCUCCCAGAUGAGACGAUCAGCCUGAGUGAUGCAUCUGAACCUGCUCUGCUCUGGACGUGCAGGACUGAACUUUCACUGGAUUCUCAAAUACUUUCUGCUUUAUUUAGGAUAGAGAAUGCUUUCACUCAGGUUACAGCUCAGUAACUCUACAGCAGGAUCUCCUUAGGAAUUGGAAUGAAGAGAACAGACGUUUGCCCAGCCUCUGGGUUAGCCUCUGGAUUAGAAUCUGGAUUAACCUCUGGAUUAGAAUUUGUGUUAGCCUCUGCAUUAGAAUCUGAUUAGAAUCUGGAUUAACCUCUGGAUUAGCCUCUGGAUUAAAAUCUGGGUUAGCCUCUGCAUUAAAAUCGGAUUAGAAAAUGGAUUAGAAUCUGGAUUAACCUCUGGAUUAGCCCCUGUAUUACAAUCUGGAUUAGAAUCUGGAUUAGCCUCUGGAUUAGCAUGGGUUUUCAAAACAUGGACUUCAGGAACUCAUUCAGAUCCACAAUCUUGGGUGUCUUUCUAAGGGACGCUAAAAUAAACUGGCAGUUUUGUGUUGGAUGGAAAUUUACUCUCAUGGUCAAAAAAAAAAUACAAAAAAACUGUUAAAGUUUGAUGGAGGACGUCUUCCACGUCUUUAAACUCCAUCUGGAUUCCUCACUCAAGCAGUGUAUAGAAAUGACCAGUGUAUAUUUUAUUUCAUGUCAGUAUCCUGAUCAGGCUUGUGUGAUAUGUUUUGUUUUUUUCCCCUGCUGAACAGUUAAAUAAGCGAAUUAAACACAGAAGUGAAGAACAGACAGGAAAAAGGAAAGUUUGUAGAACUCAUGAUUCAUGAAAGCUCAGCUGGAUGCUGGAAUUUUAGAUGACUAUGUAGGAUAGUGUGCAGUAAAUAAAAAAGAACCACUAAAGAAAUAUAUAAAGAUUUUGUGGACAUGGCUGAGAUUGUCUCUGGCCUGUUCUCAAAGUUGAUGAAAAUCUCUGCAAAACAACAACAACAACAACAACCAUUGUAUUUAAUUACACUGUUAUUGUCAUCACUGUUAACAUUAGCUGUAGUCGUGUUCAGAGAGAGAGAACAUGUAAACGUGAGCGGGUAUAAAAUUGUAGGGAUUAAAAAAAAAAUCAUUAUAUCGCACAAGCCUCAUCCAGGUCUUCUCAUAGGUGCCAAAAUUUCUGUUAAACCAUCUGAAAACCGGGAUUAAUAUUAAACCCCCAGGGCUGGAGGUUGUGAGGUCUAAUCUCAGACUGGUCACUUUUACACGACUUUGGCUAAACUCUCUCAAAAACCCUGAUGAACAAAUAAAAACAGGACACAACUUCUUGUCUGAGGAUUUAAACCUGACCUGUGUGUGUGUGUGUGUGUGUGUGUGUGUGUGUGUGAUACACGUUUAAUCAUGUUUAAUGUUAAAUAGAGCAUCUACAGUAUAUCUCUAUAUAUUAUCUCCAGAUCUGUAUAUAGACUGAUGUUUAUAUGGAAAGAGGUUUAAUAUCAAAGUGAACACAUUUCAUAUACUAUUAAAAAAAACAAAUGCUGUGUAAAUAAUCAAUAUUCAGACGUUUCACCAAAUAAAUGUUCU